AUGUCCACCCUCCACAUCCCCUCUCUCCUCCAACCCAUAAUAGUCCUCAACGGCUGGACCUUCAUCGUCGAACUGUGGAUGUUCGCCGCCCGAAUCCCCUCCGUCGGGCAUCUAAAAGAAUCCUCCGAUCCCACCGUCACAAAAGCCGAGCUGACCGAGAAGACCCCGCCGUCUGUGCGCUGGAAGGGCGACAACUACAACCACCUGCUCGAGCAGCCGACCCAGUUCUAUGCCGUGGCCCUGGCACUCGCUGUUGCGAGGCACGGCGAGGAUAAUGCUGUGGACCAGGGGCUUGCGUGGGCGUAUGUUGGGACGCGCGUCGUGCAUAGUCUCAUCCAGUGCACGAGGAAUGUUGUGCCGGUUAGGUUUUGUGUCUUUGUGCUUUCGUCGGGGAUUCUUGCGGCGUUGACGGUUAGGGCUGCGGCGGUUGUGUUUUGA